AUGUAUUAUCAUGUUCUGUCACAACGCUUACACGACGUUGAGGUUGGCAGCCACGCUCGACUCUACGCUUAUCCGCUUGACGCGGUGCCCGUCCACUGGCGACAAAUCUACUCUGACGUGCAGAUCCUCAGCGCCUUUCUGGCUAUCAUCAGGCCUCUGGAGGAACAGAGGUCAAAAGAGCACCAACGACAGGCUUUCCUGAAGGCGCUGGACGAAGUCGUCGCGCGGCUCGAUCGCGCCCUCAUCAUAAGCGGCGGAGCAGGGCGCAUCCUUGGCAAGACAUGGAUAGACAAGGCCAUGGAGCUGAUUGCUGAAUUCUGCACGCAAUUCCCGUUGCAAGUCUCUCAAGCGGAAUUCUCCUUCGAAGAGCCCUACGGUCGUCCCCGACUGACAAGUCCGUGUGAGAGACACCAUGGCUGGGACCUUGCUCGGUUCGAGAUGUAUAUGAGCCACGGUCUAUUCAAUGCCUUGGAAACAGGUGCGAUAGGACCCAAGCCGGUUGUAUUUACGGACUUGACGGGAGGCGGAUGGCCUGCACUUCUGAAGUGGUGUCGGCCGCAGUAUCUCUUCCAUUUGACCUUGGGCGGGCGAAGGCUGGUACCUGUAGAAAUCGGACGUAGUUAUGUCGAUGAUUCGUGGGGCCAGGAGCUCAUGCCAUUCAAAGAGUUUGUCACCCGCUUCAUUGACAGCACCUUGACUGUUACUGGUGUUGCGAGCGCCGCCUCUGGCCUUGCGGAUAGUCGCCCUCCCUCCGCGGCACAGACUGGCUAUCUUGCGCAACAUGAUCUCUUUCAACAAAUACCUGAACUUCGCAAUGACAUCCUAGUCCCGGACUUUUGCUGGGCUCAGGUUCCCGCCCUCGACCCAAUCACCGGAUACGAAAAGCAGCCAAAGCUCGACAUGCCGCGGCUCAAUGCCUGGUUCGGCCCGGCCGGCACCAACUCACCUCUCCAUACAGAUCCGUACCACAACCUCUUUUGCCAAGUCGUGGGCACAAAGUACGUGAGGUUGUACCCUCCCCAGGCAUCGAAAGCAAUGCGGCCAAUGGCGACCUCUGACGGCGGCAUCGACAUGAGUAACACGAGCAGCAUCGACUUGCUCGCGGUCGAGGGCUGGGCCGGAGCUGUUGAUGACAGCAACGAGGAAGCUGAAGAGCAAUUACGUGAGAUAAGAGAUAGCCUCAAGGGCGUUGAGUUCUUUGAGUGCAUCCUUCAGCCCGGCGAUACACUGCUUAUUCCCAUGGGGUGGUGGCAUUUUGUGCGGAGCUUGAGCGUCAGCUUCAGUGUGAGUUUUUGGUGGAAUUAA